AUGGCUGAAAUACGUUAUAUAACGACCGAUGGACAGCCUCCAAAUGGAGGACUGCCUCUGCCGACAACAUUUCCACAAGCGCAGCCGCAAGAAGUUCAUGUGCCAGGUCUGGUGCCUACCUUUGCACAAGCACCUCUUCCCCAGCCGCUGCCCCAGCCUCCUGCGUCGGGACUAAUACCCGUCUUUGCACCAGCAGCCCCUCCCCAAGGUGUCUUCUUCCAACUAGCACUUCUCCCACCAACACCUACACCUCCAGUCGGCCCCACCUACAUGGUUAUCCCCCAAACCCAACCCGCGCAACAGUUUGUAGUUCAACAUACUGCACUUCAAUUAGCCCCAGCGCUUCCUCCCCCCACUAUCUUUACUCAUGGCCCAAACCCGCAAACCCCUCACGGCGCGAUGAUACCGGGUACGGCCAAUCCACUUAUUAUGCCCGGUGGCCAGGGAUAUAUAUUCCCACCAGACACCACGACCAUCCAUUUACUCAACCCCCGAUACCACUACCCUUGGGAGGACCAGUCCGCACCUAUCCAAUUCACACGGUACCAGGUUUCAACCCGCAUGACGGUGGCAGAAUUGAUUAGGCAGCUAUGCCCAUCCGACGCAGCUAUCAAGGGCCGCGGUCUCAUUGAAUGCCUGCAGCAGGCCAAUGCGAAUAUGGCAUUUUGGGUUAAGGGAGAAGAAUAUUUUGUUGGGGAAGGGAGAGGGGAAGCUCUGGCGAUGCGAAACAAGGUCGGUCAGAGUCUUCAGGCCGUUGGUUGGAAUGAACAUCGGACAGAGGCCAAUCCAGUUUGGCUUGUAAGGUCCCUUAGCUUGGCAUGA